GUUCGCUGAACUCUAGCUCACAGUUGAAGCUUUCAAGAGAAGCUGCACAGGAAAAGCCGUCCACAAAAGCUGUCCGGCGGCACAAAAAUGGCGCUGGAGAUCGAGGCCCGCGACGUCAUCAAGAUCGUGCUACAAUUCUGCAAGGAGAACUCGCUGACGCAGACCUUCCAGACGCUGCAGCAGGAGUGCCAGGUGUCGCUCAACACGGUGGACAGCACCGAAACGUUUGUGGGGGACAUUGAGGCGGGGCGCUGGGAUGCAGUGCUCCCGCAGGUGGCGCAGCUGAAGCUGCCCAAGAAGAAGCUGGAGGAUCUAUACGAGCAGAUUGUGCUGGAAAUGAUUGAGCUCCGCGAGUUGGACACGGCGAAGGCCAUCCUGCGGCAGACGCAGGCGAUGAGCGCAAUGAAGUUGGAGGACCCCGAGCGCUACUCGCGCAUGGAGCACCUGCUCGUGCGAACCUACUUCGACCCCAAAGAGGUUUACCAGGACUCGUCCAAGGAGAAGCGGCGCGCGGCAAUUGCACAGGCCCUGCUCACGGAGGUCACAGUGGUGCCCCCCAGCCGGCUGAUGGCGCUUAUCGGGCAGAGCCUCAAGUGGCAACAACACCAGGGCCUGCUCCCCCCAGGCAGCCAGUUCGACCUGUUCCGGGGGGCUGCCCCGAUCAAGGCGGACGAGGAGGAGCGGUACCCGACGGCGCUGCUGCACGCCAUCAAGUUCGGCAAGAAGAGCCACCCCGAGUGCGCGCGCUUUUCGCUCGACGGCCAGUUCCUCGUCUCCUCCUCCGUCGACGGCUUCAUUGAGGUGUGGGACUAUUUGAGCGGCAAGCUGAAGAAGGACCUGCAGUACCAGGCAGAGGACGCGUUCAUGAUGCACGACGACGCGGUGCUGUCGCUCGACAUCAGCCGCGACUCCGAGAUCGUCGCGUCGGGGUCGCAGGACGGCAAGAUCAAGGUCUGGCGCCUGCGCACCGGGCAGUGCCUGCGGCGAUUCGAACGGGCGCACUCGCAGGGCGUGACGAGCCUGGCCUUCUCGCGGGACGGCAGCCAGCUGCUGAGCUCGAGCUUCGACGCGACCGCGCGCGUGCACGGGCUCAAGUCGGGCAAGAUGCUCAAGGAGUUUCGCGGCCACACUAGUUACGUCAACCACGCCGUCUUCAGCGCGGACGGGGCCAAGGUCGUCACGGCCUCCAGCGACGGGACCGUCAAGGUGUGGGACUUCAAAACGGCCGACUGCAUCACCACCUUUAGACCGCCCGCCCCCGCUCGGGGUGGGGAGGUGGCGGUCAACUCGGUGCACGUGUUCCCGAAGAACCCGGAGCAACUAGUGGUGUGCAGCAAAACGUCGAGCGUCUACAUCAUGACGCUGCAGGGGCAGGUCGUACGGAGUUUUGCGUCGGGUAAAAAGGAAGGAGGGGACUUCGUGGCGGCGUGCGUGUCGCCCAAGGGGGACUGGAUCUACUGCGUGGGAGAGGACAACACAAUGUAUUGCUUUAGCACGCAAACGAACAAGCUGGAGCAUCUACUAAGGGCGCACGAUAAAGACGUCCUCGGCUUGACUCACCAUCCUCACCGAAAUCUUGUAGCCACGAUAAGUGAAGACAGUACAUUGAAACUAUGGAAGCCAUGAUUUUUAAUGCGUCUCUGUUGUGUCCGUUUGGAGUCCAUUUGUCGUUAUUUCAGAUAGCAGCCCAACGUCACGCAAAGCUGCCGGUCCUUUGCGCAGCCACUGACCUCUUAGACGGAAUGAAGCAUGCAUGGCCCUUUCUUGAACCUUGCACAGGG